AGUUUAUAAGAGCGAAAUAAAUUGAUGUAGUUUGUAUCAUAUCUACAUCGUCAUUCUAGAUCACAUAAAAGUAAGGGAUAGAAUAAUUUACAUAUGCAAAUGGAUCUCAAUAUAGUCAACAAUUUGGCCCCCUAAAUACAAUACGUGGGAACAAAAAUUGAAGGGGCAACCAUUCAAAAUGCACAUAAAAAGCCACAACAUUCCUCAAAACUUUCCCCGAGCUACUCUAUAAAGUGCAUGCAAAGUGAAAGUUGAUCCAAACCAUAAGCACACGAUCCCAUAUGAUGGAACUAGACACCACCACCACAACCAUCAUGGGCGCUCUGGCCACGCUCUCACCUCCCCAACUCUCCGAUCUCACUCACACCCUCCUCUCCCUCUCCCACCACCACCGCCGCCGCAUCUCCUCCCUCCUCUCCUCUCCCAUCCUCUUUGCCCUCACCAUCCGCCGCCUCAACUCCCUCUCCCUCCACCACAAGACCCUCCUCAUCGCCCGCCACGUCAUCUCCUCCCUCCACCACCUCGCCCUCCACUUCCAGCCCGCCGCCAAAGCCCCACCGCCACGCGUCAAGCUGAGAGACCUCGACGCCGUCCUCCUCCUCCUCUUGCUCUGCGAGGCCCACCAGCACGACCCUGACGCCCUCCAAGCCCCCACCGCGAAAUGGCGGGAAGUACUCGGCAAGUUCUACUGUGACACCAUGUUAACGGUUUCCGGCAUCGGGGCCCAAAACGCGUCGGUUUUGGUUUCGUACGUUGAAAUGCUGACGAGGUGUUUGAGGUUCGUUAGUGCGAUGGAGAGUUGUAGUUUUGGCGGGAAGGCUGGAAGGGAAGUGCCGGCGGCGAAAGCGGUGGUGGUGGCGCUGCCGUCGGUGGAGGUGAGAAGUCGUGGCGGCGGGCCCAAGGAGUGCGUGAUAUGUAAGGAAGAGAUGGCGGAGAACAGAGAUGUGUGCGAGAUGCCGUGCCGGCAUUUGUUUCAUUGGGUGUGUAUUUUGCGGUGGCUGAGCAAGAGGAACACGUGUCCCUGCUGCCGCUUUGGGCUUCCGACGGAUGAUGUGUACGGCGAGAUCCAGCGGCUGUGGGACGUUUUGGAUAAUGUGGCUUCGGAGAAGGGUUUAGUUUAAGGUAGUAAUUACAGACGAAGCAGUUGUGCACUAUAAAAUUUCUGCCUCCACAUUUUGUACAAGUAUACAGUUGUUGUCACUCUUAGCCGGUUGAAAAAAUAUAGUCCGAUCGUCUCACUGAAGCCUUUCGUAAUCAUGAAAAGCUGAUACGAAGUGUACGUGUAGAGAUCAGAUGGGGUGUCGACUUUCUGGCUGUGAAAGGGUUUUGUAUGGAUGUGAUGAAUUGGAUGUAGAGAAUCACACAAGUUCUUGAUUUUGACUCGUGUGGUCAAGAAUGUUGUCUGUAUUGUACGUAGCUAAAUAAAUUAAUGGGGGACUAUGAAAUGGGAAAGCAGAUAUUUUAGGUAGCA